AUGGGCGAAAAGAGCAAACGGUUGUUGCUGACAUCCGUGGACGAUGCCGCCGAGAAUGAACCUGAUAGACGCUUCGCUGUAAUUCCGAAAGGGUUGGAGUUGUCGGAUGGAUUCAUGAAUAUGUCCAUGAAGGAGUUGGCCAGAGCCGUCAAUUGUAUGGCCUGGUGGAUUGAAAGUGUUAUCGGAGAGGGAAAGCCUCGUGAGACGCUGGCUUAUAUGGCUAGCAAUGAUGUUCGCUACGUGAUUUUCCUUUUGGCAUGCCAGAAGACAGGCCAUCAGGCCUUCUUUCCUUCUACGAGAAACUCAGCUGAGGCAUUCGCUUAUCUUCUCAAAGCGACGGAAUGCUCCAAGUUCUUCCUCAGUGAAGAAAGGAGCGUUCGAGUCUCUGAAAUCCACGCUGUCCACCCUGGUCUUGAAAGCUUUAAUAUACCAAGUUUGAAGAAACUUCUCUCCGACGAAACUGGGUCUCGCCAUUAUCCUUUCACAAAGACCUAUAUUGAAGUUGAGAACAACACAGCCUUCAUCAUACACAGCUCAGGAACUACUGGAAUGCCCAAGCCAGUUUAUCUCACGAACGGAUUUCUUGCGACACUCGACAUGAUGGACCGGAUCUCAUGGCCCGAAGGGCGUGAGUCGGCUUCGUUCUGGCAUCUGUCAUCCCAGGAGCUCAUAUUGGCGACGACACCACUUUUCCACCUCAUGGGCUUCUUUCCUUUUGCGAUGUCUAUCUUUCAUUCUGUUCCCGUGCUGAUCGGUCCCGACAAGCCACUCUCUGUGGACUACCUGGUUGAACUCUUCGAAACGGCGCGACCUACAGGCGCACUUUUGCCUCCAUCACUUUUAGAGGACAUGUGCUAUUCCGACAAAGCGCUUGAAAGUUUACGGCGGCUGAAGUCUGUUUACUUUGGAGGCGCACCGCUAGCCCACGAAAGAGGCGAAAAGCUGCGCAAGUACACGAGACUUGUUAGCGUUAUUGGAGCCAGCGAAAUUGGCUGGAUAUUGGCAGUCAUUCCGGAAGACGAGAAGGACUGGACCUAUUUCGAAUGGAAUCCGGAAUACGGCAUCCAGAUGCAAGAUAAUGGAGACCAUGUAUAUGAAAUGGUCAUCAAGCGCCACGAGGGCCAUCGCGAUUUCCAAGGCGUUUUUCAUACUUUCCCGGAUCUUGAUGUCUAUCAUACCAACGACCUCUACACACAACACCCAACAAAAUCAAACCUGUGGAAAUAUCAUGGUAGAAAGGAUGACGUGAUUGUGUUAAGCAAUGGUGAAAAGUUCAAUCCUGUCUCCAUGGAACUGAUUAUUGAGACGCACCCGCUGGUAUCACGGGCUCUCGUCAUUGGACAGUCUAAAUUCCAGGCUGGUUUGUUGAUAGAGCCUCAUCCCACCGCACCGGAAAUGGAUGCAAAGCUUUUCAUCGAGAAAAUAUGGCCGACUGUUCAAGCUGCGAACCAGACAAUCGCAGCCCAUGGAAGAGUGAUGAAAGGCAACAUUGGCUUUGCAUCCAAGGCCAAGCCAUUCAAGAUAACACCGAAAGGAACUACACAGAGACGUGCCGUGGUUAGAGACUACGAGAAAGAGAUCGACCAAAUUUAUGAAGCUGGCUUGGAUGAUGAUCUCCAGGGUUGUCUCCCAGCGACUCUUGAUACUGCCAGUGUUUCGGAUUACGUUUGCCGAAUAAUUUGUCGUGUUCUAGAAAAGCCCGAUAUCCCUAUCAACCAGGAUCUCUAUAGUCUCGGACUCGACUCUUUGAUGACAAUCCAGAUUGCGAAGGCUUUGCAAAAGGGUAUCCAGGAAAGUCGGCCCAAAGCAAAGGAGGGGUUAAUAACCUCGCAAACACUUUAUGCCAACCCCACAGUGGAGCAGCUGGUUGAAUUUAUCAUCAACACCCUUGAGGGGAAGUCCAUCGAUGUUAUCCCCAGGAGUCAGAAGAUUCAAAAUCUAGUGGAGAAGUAUACACAUGACCUUCCCUCCGAUCGGGUAGUUGCUUCAAAUCGCCCAAUUUCACCUUCCAGUGUGAUAUUGACGGGCUCCACCGGAUCUCUGGGUACCUAUCUUCUCCAUGAUCUUCUUAACAAGCCAACCACCUCAAAGAUCUAUUGUCUCAACCGAUCUGACGCCGAGACUCGCCAGAAAAAGGGCCUUGAAGAAAAGGGUCUAUCAUUCGAUGAUGAUGCCUGGAAAAAUAAAGUUGAAUUUCUCCAAGCAUCCUUUGGAGAGCCGCGGUUUGGCCUGAAGGAGGUUAAGUAUCAAGAGAUGCUUCAGUCGGUCGAUACAAUUAUCCACAACGCUUGGAAAGUUGACUUCAACCAUUCUGUCGAGUCUUUCGAAGAAACUCACAUCAGAGGCAUGCGUCGAUUCGUGGAUUUCAGCCUGGCAAGUCGCUACAAUGCUCACAUUCAUUUCGUUUCAUCGAUUAGUACGGUCGGUGGAUGGAGCCCCCGAAUGGGGCCCUUAGUGCCAGAACUACCGAUGGAAGAUAGUUCUGUGGUUCUUCCACAGGGCUAUGGCGAGUCGAAGCAUGUUUCAGAAAGGAUUUGCUUGGAGGCAUCCACAAAGAGCCAUGUGCCGACAACAGUCUACCGCGUGGGACAAAUCGCUGGCCCAACUACAGCAAGUGGACAAUGGAAUCCGCAUGAAUGGCUUCCGACUAUCAUCUCCACAUCCAAAUCAAUGGGGAAAAUUCCUAACAGACUAGGGUCGAUGGCAGUGGAUUGGGUGCCUGUGGAUACGCUUUCCUCGAUUAUGUCUGAAAUUGUCCACGCCCGACACACAAGCCAGUCAGCUUCAGCCGUCUUUCAUUUAACCAAUGCUGAAACAACAGACUGGUCUACACUGCUCCCUGCUAUUCAAGAGAAGUACAAUGUGAAACCAGUUGAGUUUAAGGAAUGGGUUGCAGACUUGGAAAGCAUAAAAAACCCCACAAGCGCCGAAAUUGCCGAUAAGCCUGCUCUCAAACUACUCAGUUUCUACCGUGGUCUUGUUGACGAGGAGAAUGCUUCAAUGUCAGUUCCGCUUGAUGUGAAGAAGGCAAAGCAGGCAAGCCCGACGAUGGAAGCUCUGGGACCGAUUUCUCCAACUCUCAUGCAGAACUGGUUGGAGCAGUGGAAGUUCUAA